AUGGGACUACAGCUCCUGCUACGGGCCCUGCCGCUCUUACUCGUUCUGGGCAGGGCGGCAGGAGACACGACCGCCGCUACCAUCGAAACGUUUGCGGAUUUCAACACAGAAUGCAAGACUUGCCCUCACUCCCUAUGCCCAAAUGCUCUUUACUACUCCGGAGGAGACAUUGUCAACGCAACAUGCUGGACGCGCGGCACCCGCAUAAUCGACACCACACUCUGGCUGCGCUCCACUUCUAACUGCUACGUCACUGAAUACGACCUCAGUGAUAACACAACGGACUACACUUCCGCGCUUCCCUACUGCGGCCGCGGCUCAGAAGACGAGGACCUCACGCUGGAGGACGCGACAUUAAGAUACAAGACCGAGUGCAGGAUCUGUCCUACAAUCAGCUGUGACACAGUGGCUUAUCUAAUGGAAGAAACAGACGUGGAGUUAACGUGCUGGACGCCGGACGGGCAGACGAUCAUCGACGAUCCGUACUGGAUGAAGACGACGAACAACUGCUACGUUGCGCAGAAGAACCUCUACUCCAAGCCAGACAUAACAUACCUCGAUCCCUGCGGGCCAAUACCCCUGCUAGAAAUCGAGAAACAUUUCAACGAGAACGGGACCAGCGAAGUGGAUAAGAGAGCUGCCGCGCCUGAGCCGGAAGGCUUUGCUCCAAGCUAUUUGAUCAAUGUUACCGUGGGUGAGGACUACGCGCUCUGUUAUAGUUGCGCAGAGGAGACUUGCGACGUUGAAAUGAGAUACGUGUUCAACCAGGAGGUCUGGCUGCAAUGCUUAGUAGACACGAACGGGACGUGGUGGAGUGAGACUACAGAUUUCUGCUAUGUGAAAAAUUUGGACUUUUGGGAAAGUCCGGAGGGCGAUUGUGAGUUGAUCUAUUGUUGA